GUUCUUCUUCUACGUCUAACAUCCGCCAGGCGGACGUGCCGUUAUCUUCGGAAAAAAAAAGGAGGACCCGCCCCCAUCUUGAAAAGAACAACAUUACGCAACUUGCCAAGUAAAAGCGGCAAAGGCGCUUCCCCUCGGCACAGACCAAAACAAUGUCGCGCGCCAACAAGAUCGUCUCCGCUUUGGUCCGGGCCAGCAAGCCCGGCGGGAUCCGCUCCCUCCCGGCCACGAGACGCACGUCCACGGCGGCGGCGUCCGCGCAGGAGAAGCGGGGCCGGGCGGCGGACGGAGGAUGCUCCGUGGUGGAGGCUGAGCCCGCGGAGCUCAUCAGCCCGAGCGGGAGCGGGAGCGGUCGCGUCCGCGACGGGGCGCGAGGCGGCGUCAGCGUGGACUUCGACAACACGCGGGAAGCCUACAAGAGCAAAGGCAACGUGGAGCUGCUCAGGAGUCUGCUGGUCUUCAAGCUGUGCGCCGUGGACGUCUUGGUGGACAAGAACAAGGAGUUGAUGGACCUGAGCAAGAAGGUGCUGGGCCGGCGGCUGUUCGAGAAGCUGAUGAAGAUGACCUUCUACGGGCAGUUUGUGGGCGGCGAGGACCACAACGCCAUCAAGCCGCUGAUCCGGAAGAACCGGGCGUUCGGCGUGGGCGCCGUGCUCGACUACAGCGUGGAGGAGGACCUGACGCGAGAGGAGGCCGAGAGGAAGGAGAUGGAUUCGUGUGUGUCUCAAGCGGAGAAAGAAAGUCCAGGCGCCGACCGCCGCGAGAAGAAGUACAAGGCCCAUCGGCGGUUCGGCGACCGACGCGGCGGCGUCAUCAGCGCCCGCACCUACUUUUACGCCGACGAGGUCAAAUGCGACAACCAGCUGGAAACGUUUAUCAACUGCAUCAAAGCCUCAGGAGGAGCUUCCACGGACGGCUUCUCGGCCAUCAAAUUGACAGCCCUGGGACGCCCGCAGUUCCUUCUCCAGUUUUCCGAAGUCUUGGUCAAAUGGAAGCAGUUCUUUAAGUUCUUGGCGGCCCAGCAGGGAAAAUCGGAAAUGACGGCUCUGGAACAGAAACUGGAGCCGGGGCAACUGAAGGAGAGUUUGACCAGUCUGGGUGUCGCUGCUAAGGAUGACAUCGAGAACUGGUUCACCGGGGAGAAGCUGGGACUCUCAGGAACUAUAGAUAUGUUGGACUGGAACAGUUUGAUCGAUGACACAACCAAAAUGUCCAAUCUGCUCAUGGUGCCGAACCUUGAGACGGGCCAGCUGGAGCCUCUGCUGAACAGAUUCACAGCGGAGGAAGAGCGCCAAAUGAAGCGAAUGCUGCAGCGGGUCGACAUCCUGGCAAACCACGCCGUGGAGAACGGCGUGCGGCUCAUGGUGGACGCCGAGCAGACGUACUUCCAGCCGGCGAUCAGCCGCCUGACCCUGGAAAUGCAGAGGAAGUUCAACACGGAGAAGCCGAUAAUCUUCAACACGUAUCAGUGCUACCUGAAGGAGGCCUACGACAAUGUGACGGUGGACGUUGAGCUUUCUCGGCGGGAGGGAUGGUACUUCGGUGCUAAGUUGGUCCGCGGCGCCUACAUGUACCAAGAACGGGCUCGGGCUGAGGAGAUCGGCUACGAGGACCCGAUCAAUCCCGACUACGAGGCCACUAACAGGAUGUACCACAAAUGUUUGGAGUACCUGCUGGAGGAUAUCGACCACUGUCGCAGGUCGAACAUCAUGGUCGCCACUCACAACGAGGACACGGUCAAAUUCACCUUGGAGAAGAUGAACGACAUGGGCCUUUCACCCACAGAGAACAAAGUUUACUUCGGACAGCUGCUCGGCAUGUGUGACCAGAUCAGCUUCCCGCUAGGUCAAGCGGGUUUCCCCGUGUACAAGUACGUCCCGUACGGCCCCGUGGACGAGGUCAUCCCGUAUCUGUCCCGCCGGGCCCAGGAGAACCGCGGCUUCAUGAAGGGCUCGCGGCGGGAGCGCAGCUUGCUGUGGAAGGAGCUCAAGCGGCGCCUGCUGGGCGGGCAGAUCCGCUACAAGCCCGUCUACUGACGUGGCGCGGGAACGCCGGGCGCCGGACCGCGUGACAACAAGGACUGGAACGCCGGGCGCCGUCUCGGGCCGGCGCCGGACCGCGUGACAACAAGGACACACUUUUUUUUUCGGUCAAACGCUCUUCAAUUUAGUUUCGAGAGUCACUUCCUGCUUGCCAAGUGAGUCCGCUACUUAAUAAAAUGGUGGCUCAUCAUUUGUCAAUUUUUAAAAUUUAGUCAUGUGAUCUGCAGCGGUUAUUAAAUUGCAUAUUUUAAAGUGAAAUCACGUCCUGUAAACUCACUAUUUGGCAAGUCGGAGGUGAUAUUUUUUUGGGGGGGUAACGCGUAGAUAAAUUAUUUUAUGUACUUUUAAAAACGGUUAGACAUUUUUUUUUUGCAUAGCCGUCACUCCAACAUGCCUUAAUAUUGUACGCACAAGAUUACUGCAGCAGGGAUUCGUACAUGGAAUAAUAUGUUGACAUAUGGCAUGUAAUUAUGGUGUUAUUAAUGGAUUUAAAUUGCGUAGAAACGUUGACUGUAUUUUAGUAAUAUUCGUGUAAUUUUUUCGGAGGUGUUACUUUUCACUUCAAGCUCAGUAGCACAAGACCCAACGAGAGGCACAUGACUACGCGAGAAAAAGCAUUUUUAUUUCUUCUUUUGUCGCAAUAAAUCGAGAGUAGUGGGACGAAAUCGAAAUGUAUGAGGAAGCGCUGCGACAAAGGCACAUCAUCUUUCUUUUCAAACUUUGUAUGCGCCUCUUCCAUCAUUUUAUUGUGGGUGGAUCUGAAUUCUGAGCAAUUGUAGCCUAAAAAUUCUAAAAACAAUAAUAAUAAUUAAAAAAAUAUGGUCAAUAAACUCCUGGAGUCAAUCAUUAUCUGAAACAACAUUAAGCUUCCGUUUUGUUACAUAUAUUGAAUGCAGCAGCAUUGUAUAGUGCAGAAUAGUACAGUACAGCAUAGUUUAUAACAUAAUAGUAACAAUAGUAGUAAUAGUAAUAAAACUGUUAUAGUGAAAACAGCUUACAUUAGGUAUGGAUGUUUGUAUAUUUGAAGAGAGUAUAGUAAUUAGUACGGUCGGGUACAGGACACCGGUAUAUUAUAGUUGAGAACACAGGUGUCAAACUCUAGGCCCGGGGGCCUGAUCCGGCCCGCCGCAUGAUUUUAUGUGGCCCACGAAGCUGAAUCGACGCUGUCAAUUUCUGUGAUUCUUGUAAAAAUGGGUACCAUGUAUCAGAAAUGACGUUGCGAUAUUACAAGCAUUUUUGUGUUAACAAACAUGAAUAAAUGCAAAAAAACCAUGACCCUUGAUUUCUGAUUCCAAAACUAGUUUGCAAAUUGACGAUGUAAAUAAGACGAUCCAAUAUUUUUGUUUCACAGUCAUAACGGCCCUCUGAGGGAAACCAGAACUUACAGUGUGGCCCGCGAGAAAAACGAGUUUGACGCCCCUGGUUAAUGUCACGAGCCUACGGGACAAGGGGUACCAAAUGCGGGACUUCGAGGCAGAGGCAUAAUGUUGAAUGUCAUUUAUUCCGGAAACUGGGUCAUACGCGGUGUAGCGUUCCGACAGAGGCACAGAAACGCUAGGCUAGGCUAGGCGGGGUCCCAAAGACAUGCAGCAAGGUCCUACGACUACGGGCCAAACUCGCGACUCAACAGAACAGUAUCCAACAAAAGGGCACAGAAUCUCUGAGACUGUUACUCUAACUUUCGCGUUGAACAGUUGAGUCCCACAGGCAGUGAAUGCAACUGACUAACGCAGAGCAACGAACUGGCAAAAACUCCCAACUUAAAUGCCCGUCGUUCCCGUAAAGAAGUAUUGAGACAAUCCCCAAGUGGGGAGGACGAUGAGGGAGGGGCGAGUACUUCACCGUCACCGAGCGGCAGCCAAUCAACGAACGUCCACGGGGACGAGGCAGGAUCCCUUGAGGCGCUUUCUCGACCGGCAACGCUCAUCUGCAGGUAAACGCACCUCUAC